ACAUACCAAGGAAAAUCAUACCUUAAUAUGGCAACUUUCUCAAAUAUGGAUGAGAGAAUUGAGAAAAUGAAGCAAGUUGCUCAACAUGGAAAUAUUGAUGCCUUUUACAUCCUAAUUAUGGAGGAUGUCAAACUUUUGGAGGACAUCGAUCAGCUAGUAACAACUACCAUUUGUCCAUUUGUUGAUAGUCCUUUACACAUAGCUGCAUCUGCUGGGCACAUCCCAUUGGCCAUGGAGCUGAUGAGAUUAAAGCCCUCAUUUGCCUGGAAGCCAAAUCCAGAUGGGUUCAAUCCCAUUCACCUUGCUUUACUAAAUGGGCAAACCCAGAUGGUGCUUCGGCUUCUAAAGGUUGAUGGGAACCUUGUCCGUGUCCAAAGAAGGGAGGGUAUGACUCCUUUGCAUUAUGCAGCAAUAACAGAAGAUCACCUUGAUCUAUUGGACGAAUUUCUCAAAGUCUAUCCCAAAUCUAUUAAACAUGUGACAAUUCGAAAUGAGAAUGCUCUGCAUAUUGCCUUGAAAUACGACAAGUUGGAGGCUUUUCUACACUUGGUGCGAUGGCUCAGAAAGAAUUGGUCUCAAAAUACAAUAUUGUGGGAGAGUGAAGUCCUGAACUGGAAGGAUGAGGAAGGCAACACAGCAUUGCACAUUGCAGUAUCCAAAAAUCAACCCAAGGCAAGCCCUCUCCAUUCCUCAAUUAUUUACAAACUAAAGAAACAUUGUAAAGUUUGUGUUGUGAACAUCAAUAUUGUCCCACUCAGGGGAUAUGUUGGGACAACAAAAUCAAAUAGAAAAUCGCGAGAUCAAGGUUAUGCUACGGCGUGCUGGAGCUUUACCAGCUUCAUCUCUUCCAAAAGAAUGCGUUGUUUUGGUGAAUGGACCGAAAUAUCAGACGACAGGCGCAAUAUGCUUUUGGUGGUUGCUACACUGCUUAUGACAGUCACCUAUCAAGGAGUACUCAGCCCUCCUGGGGGACUCUGGCAAGAUGACUACCAUCCUGAAGCCAAUACCACAUUACCGGCCAUCAGAAAAUUCAAUUCAAGUGCUCCUAUUCCAAACGAAGCAGGGACACCCAUUGAUCUUAGAAAAUUUCCUUUUUGGGUGUUCUUGUCAUUAAAUUCUUUGACAUUUAUGCUCUCAUUCUCAACAGUUCUUCUCCUCAUUCCAUCCCAGGACAUUUAUCGAAUAGUACGGCUAUCCCUUAUUUCACUAUCUGUUUGCUAUAUGGUUUCAUUGACUGUCAUAAUCUCGACUCGAUUCUGGGAAACUUUUUGGUAUGUAUCUAUUUGCCUGCUUCUUUGUAUCUUCCUACUAAAUACUUCCGCCAUUUGUGUAGCAUGGUCUUAUGAGGCUAAAGGACAGCUGCAUGGCUCAAUGCAAAGCGUUUGCUGA